GCGAGCAGAAGAGCUGGUGAGUCCAGGUCAGUUGUUGGAGUUCGGAAGACGGAGAGGUAGACAGACAGACAGACAGACGGAUAUAAGAACAGGGAGACGGGUCUACAGACGGACAGACAGACAUGCUGUGCCAGCAGCCCCUCGUGCACGGCCUCAGCUGCGCGAUCGUCCUCGCGGCUCUGCUGCUGUUACUCCGGCAGAGACGCGCCGGCGCGAGGUACGGCCGGUACGUGGACCCUGGGCUGAGACGCACGUGUCCGGCGAGGGUCGCCUGGUUCGCCCAGGAGCUUCCGGCGCUGCUGGUUCCGCUGCUCCUCCUCUGGAGCUCCGCGUCUCCUCCGAGCUCCGCGGGGACGACGCUGCUCCUCUGCACCUUCUGCCUGCACUACUUCCACAGAACAUUUAUCUACGCUUUACUGACCCGGGGCCGACCCUGCCCUGUCCACAUCGUCGUGUGCUCCGUCAUCUUCUGCUCCAUCAACGGUUUCCUGCAGGGACAUUAUCUGCUCCACUGCGCCCACUUCCAACACACAUGGCUGACCAACUUCCGCAUAGCUGCAGGGUUGCUGUUGUUUUACCUGGGCAUGGCCAUCAACAUCCACAGCGACGUUAUCCUCCGCAAUCUGAGGAGACCCGGGGAGGUCGUCUACAGGAUCCCCAGAGGGGGGAUGUUCGAGUACGUGUCUGGGGCAAACCUCUUCGGCGAGAUCUUGGAAUGGCUUGGCUACGCUGUGGCCACCUGGUCCCUGGCUUCAUUUUCCUUCACCUUCUUCACCAUGUGCUCCAUCGGACCGCGAGCAUACCACCACCACAGGGAUUACCUUCACAAAUUUAAAGACUAUCCUCGCUCCAGGAAAGCCGUGAUUCCGUUUCUUCUGUGAGGACCUGCUCCAUCUGAGACGCCACCCUCGGCCUUCACAGGCAGCUCGUGCCGCUGUCGCAUUUCUUCUUGUUUCGUUCUUCACGGAGUGUGGAUGGGAAAGACGGGUGAGUCAGAUGCAUCGGAUCCUGGUGUGUGUUGAGAGUACAUAGAUAGCGACGCCUCCCAAAACUCACCUCUAUCACUCCUCUGCUCACGGAAGGAGGUGAAGGAAAGCGGAGACCAUUGGAACAGCGACUAUGAAACCCCGUCACCAACCAUCUGAAACCCCAUCACCAGCCAUCUGAAACUCUAUCACCAACCAUCUGAA